GUUCCAGGUUUAUAAGUUACAAUUUGUAUGUAAAGAACGGGUGUCCUGCCAGACUUGGUUACUGUUCCUGAGGCAAGCUGAUUGGAUCCAGUGGCAAUACUAACCAUCACUGUUACAACACCUGUAUAAAUUGGAAGGCACUGCAGACUGAGGAAGGGAACCCCACACGACAGCAUGAGCAUGGCUUGUAUUUAUGGAGAUGUUAUGAAGAUCGACACUACUGGUGCAUCAGAGAAAACAGCAAAACAGGACAAACUCACAGUGCAAGGAGUGGCUGCUUCUCGUAAGAUGGCGGAGCAUGACCUCGCCAACAUGAACAAGUACAAACAGCUGAUCAUCAAGGUGGGCCGAGCUCAGCAAAUGGACCCGAGCGUCAUCGCUGGCAUUAUCUCCCGUGAGUCACGGGCUGGGACUCAGCUCAAGGACGGCUGGGGAGACCAUGGGAAUGGUUACGGGCUCAUGCAGGUUGACAAAAGACACCACACACCUGCAAAGCCGUGGGACGGUGAGCCGCACCUUACUCAGGGAACCCAGAUUCUGAUUGGCAAAAUCAAUGAGAUCAAGAAGAAGUUCCCGAGCUGGCCUAAGGAGCACCAGUUCAAAGGAGGAAUAUCAGCCUACAACGCUGGAGCAGGAAACGUCCGCAGCUAUGAUAGGAUGGACAUCGGCACCACUGGGGACGACUAUGCCAAUGACGUUGUUGCCAGAGCCCAAUGGUUUAAAACAAAUGGAUACUAAAAUAAAUAGAAAAGGAGCCCCGUGCAGCACACCCUCCUGUUCUGAGUGCAUCUCCUCAAACCUCUUCAUUCAGCCUUGCCAUUGAAGGGGUGUGUACUUUCACACUGUUAUAUUCAAUGAUCAUAGUGUAUCUUCUCUUUUCUAAGUAGGAAAGACUACAAUAGUCAUUAAUGUAGCCUUGCCAUUGAAGGGGUGUGUACUUUCACACUGUUAUAUUCAAUGAUCAUAGUGUAUCUUCUCUUUUCUAAGUAGGAAAGACUACAAUAGUCAUUAAUGUAGCCUUGCCAUUGAAGGGGUGUGUACUUUCACACUGUUAUAUUCAAUGAUCAUAGUGUAUCUUCUCUUUUCUAAGUAGGAAAGGCUACAAUAUUCAUUAAUUUAGCCUUGCCAUUAAAGGGGUGUGUACUUUCACAAUGUUAUAUUCAAUCAUUUCUGUGCUUCUCUUUUCUAAGUAAAAAAGACUACACAUACA